UAUGAUUUGAUAAGUGGACACACCACACGCUUUUCCAAACCCAUGUGAGCUGCACUCCAAACUUUUCACCGCAUUCAUCUCCCCGCAUACACAUUUUCCUUUUCACUCUUUAAUACAAAUAUAGAUGCUUAUUAUAUAUCAUAAGUGAUAUACUACCAAAUUUUGGAUUUUGACUUGUGUUUUUGAAUUUUAUACAAAUUGGUGUAAAACCCAACAUUUUGUUUUUGUUAAUUCGUUUGAGGUCAUCUUCUACUAAAACAUGUUUGUGGUUGUCCACGCUUGGGACUUUAAAGGGUAGAAACUUUUACUUCUGCACGGAAUUUCAACAAAGAUAACCUGGUAUUUCUCGUAGCGUGUGUUUCAGAUACGUUUGGGGGAUGUGAAAUUUUCAGAUAAAGAUGACAUCUUUCAGUGGUUUAGGUCUUGGUUUGAGUCUAGUUUUUGGGUGCCUUCUUUUGGCUCUUAUUGCUGAGCUUUAUUACUUGUUAUGGUGGAAGAAGAAAAGAAUCACAGACAGAGAGAUUGUGGAUGAGUACGGAAAUUUUGCGAAAGAGUUUUUCCAGUUUAUCUGCUGGAAAAGCACAUCUUCUUCUUUGGGUAAUAACCCCUCCCAAGAGAGAAAAGAUUCAGAUUUGAAUGGCCAUGAGGCCGACCCUGAGCUUGGUUUGGGCAAAGAUAUGUUGCUCAAGACCUAUGGAGAAGAAGGUGUGGAGUCAGAGCUCAUGAGACUCCACAAUCUAGCUGGCCCACCUAGAUUUCUCUUCACAAUUAAAGAGGAAACCAAAGAAGAUUUGGAAUCUGAGGAUGCUAAAUCAAGAGGUGAUAGAAGCAGAAAAGGGUCCAGAACAAGGAGCUUGAGUGAUUUAAUGAUGGGUGUAGACACCCCAUUUCUUACUCCUUUGGCUUCACCUAGGCUUAAGUCUUCUCCUUUGAACCCUCUUGAUGCUUACAAACACCAUGGAUUCAACCCUCUCUUUGAAUCCUCCACAGAAACUGAGCUCACCAGGUUGAGAUCUUCACCACCCCCAAAGUUCAAGUUUUUGAGAGAUGCAGAAGAAAAGUUGUAUAGGAGAUUAAUGGAGGAAGCUGAGAAGAGGGCUUCUUUGAAUUUGGUAUCUUGUUCAGAUUCUGGGAUUAAAGCUGCAAUUAAUUCAACAGUAGUAGCUGAUGAGAGAGAUGGGUCUUUGUUCACAUUUAUGAUUGCGAAUGAGAACAAUCAACAUCUGCCUCCACACCCUUCAAGCUCUUCACAGGUACUCCCACUGGCUUCUUCUCCCACUGCUCUCACACAACCACUGGAUAACAGCAAACCCAAGAUUGUGCAUUGAACAUUUUUUUUCCAGUGCUUAGUUUUUCCAUUAGAGACAGAUCUUGGUAAUUAUUUUUUAAUCUGUUUAACUUUUCACGAUCCAUUAUUUGUGUAUUUAUCUCAAAGGCAUUUUUAGUUUCUUCACUAA